UUGAACCAAAGCUCUGCGAUCAAGCUUCCCUAGCCAAAAUCUUUACCCCAUGCUCCACAACUUUCCGACGUAACUAUAGAUAUUAGGUAGAUCAUGUCGAUACCGGGGCUAGGUCAUGCGGCUCCUACUGUAAGUUAUUAUUAUAUUCAAGUCUAUAACUAUGAUCAUCUAUUAAUUGUGCAUAGAGAGCUGCAGCGCCAGCAGCUGUCUCACAUACGAAUAUUCAUGAGCUCCAAGCAAACUCUGAAUGGCGCUUCGAAGUCGCCAUAGGAUCGAGUAUUGACGUGAAGGUAUGGCUAACUUCUUUGAUGAUGAGAUAAAUUCGAUGGUUCUAAUCAAUAUAUCCACAGGUUCUUUCAGGCACCGCAGAAAUCUUCGGCACAGAACUCGCUCUCAAUCAUACAUAUACAUUUCGGGGCACCAAAUCAUCCAUCUACACCUGGCAUGGCUGUCGCCUCGAAGUAACCGGACCAUGCGAAGAAUACACUGCGGAGGAAACCCCCAUGGUAUCUUACGUCAACACGCAUUUCGCGCUGGAGAAUCUGCGAAACGAAGCCCAGAAAGCAGGGAACGAUGGACCGCGCGUGCUCGUCGUGGGACCUAGCAAUGCGGGUAAAACUAGCUUGGUGAAACUCCUCACCGCAUAUGCGAUUCGCAUGGGUCGUCAACCCAUUGUGGUGAAUACGGAUUCGAGAGAGGGCAUGUUGAGUAUACCGGGGAGUUUGACGGCGACGGCUUUUAGGAGUAUUGUGGAUGUGGAGGAGGGCUGGGGGAGUAGUCCUACGAGUGGACCGAGCCCUGUGCCGGUGAAGCUGCCACUGUGUUAUUAUUAUGGACUUCCUAGCCCUGAGGAUAAUGCGAAGUUGUUUAAGCCGGUUGUGACGAGGUUGGCGUUGGCUGCCACGAGUAGGUUGCAGGAUGAUGCGAAGUGUAGGGAGACGGGCAUGAUUAUUGAUACGCCGGGGGUUAUUAGUCAGGGGAAAGGAGGCUAUGAAUUGAUUUCCCAUAUUGUUUCGGAGUUUUCAGGUGAGUUUCCUUGGGGGUGAUUUGGCUUCUCGAGAUAGGGGCUAACGGUGCUGGCAGUCAAUAUUAUCCUAGUGUUAGGCUCAGAGCGAUUACACAGUGAUAUGAUACGGCGAUUCUCAACACACAAGACUGAUAGCGGAGAAGCCAUUACUCUUGUGAGAUUGGACAAGUCAGGAGGCUGUGUCGAUAGAGAUGAUGCAUUCAUGCAACAAAUGCGGGACGCAGCCAUUAAGGAAUACUUUUUCGGAGAUGCAAAAAGAACCUUGAGUCCGCAUACACAAGUUGUUAAUUUCGACGAGCUUUCGAUUUUCAAAGUUAGAGAAGGUUUGCCAAUAUUCUUUUCUUUUUUUUUUCCCUUUAAUUCUUGGGACAUUAUCAGAAUGCUAAUACUUCACAAGCACAUUCAAUGCACAGCGCAUUUUUACCAGGAGGAGAAGAAGAUGCUGAACCUACACAAUAUGAAAAAGUAGAGCCAGUGCCCAUGAUGUUGCAUUGCAUCUUUGCAGUUAUGCACGCAUCGACAAGGGAUUUGCAAGAUACUAUUCGAGAUGCAAGUGUUAUGGGCUUUGUAUAUGUAGCAGAAGUGGAUGAGAAGAAAAAGAGACUGAAGAUUUUGGCACCGCUGAAUACACGAGUCACGGAUAGACCAUUGAUUUGGGGUAGUUGGCCUGAAGCCCCAGUGAACUUGAUGGGAUAAUCAAUAAUGCACGAUAUUGCUGAGAAGAAAUUUCUAAUACAUGUUUUUCUGCUGGGGUGUCAUGCCAUGUGAAAGUAAAUCGAAGUAUCAAAAACUCCUGCGUACAACCUGAAAGCGUCAUGCCUACCCAAAUUGCGCCAGUCCGCAUCGAUCUGCCCAUAGUCAAAGCUUCCUUGGUAUUCGUAAUCCAUCCUUCAUCUCCGAUUCAUAUCAUAGUAUCCCCAUCGAUCAUUGCGCGACCCUCAUCACCACCCCUCUAAUCCCUGGACUGAACCUUAUGAUCCCCCUUAACAGCCUCCGCAUAUGAAGGAGGCACCGCAGCACUACUCCCCUCUCCACCCUGCGCCUGACCCU